UUCUUGCCUUGGUCCCCAAUGACAAUUUUGCGUCUCUCUUCGCCAUUUAUAACCAACAGUAGUUGGCCUCUUGAGCUCUCCAAUCCUCAUCAGUACUUCAGCCUCUUCUUGCCUUUUCUAGCUAUCCCACCGCUCCCGUCAUGGAGGCGCCGCUGCUCGCCGGCGAGGAUGGCGACUACGCCGCGGUCAGGACUUGGCCGGAGCUGCGGUCGGUGUUCUGGACGGAGACGCAGAAGCUGUGGAGGAUCGCCGGGCCGAUUGCCUUCAACACGGUGUGCCAGUUCGGGCUCAACUCCGUCACGGUCAUGUUCGUCGGGCACAUCGGCGACGUCGAGCUCUCUGGCGUGUCCAUUUCCCUCUCGGUCAUCGGCACUUUCGUCUUCGGAUUCUUGUUGGGCAUGGGCAGCGCGUUGGAGACGCUCUGCGGUCAAGCUUUCGGAGCCGGACAAGUUCACAUGCUAGGCAUCUACAUGCAAAGAUCAUGGAUCAUCCUCUUAGUCUCCUGUCUCUUCCUCCUCCCCAUCUUCUUCUUCGCCUCUCCAAUCCUCAAGCUACUGGGCCAAGAAGAAGAGAUCGCCAACUUAGCCGGAAGAUUCACCGUGCAGACAAUCCCACAGCUGUUCUCCCUCGCCAUAACUUUCCCGACCCAGAAGUUCCUCCAGGCCCAGAGCAAGGUCAGCGCUCUGGCCUGGAUCGCCCUCGCGGCCCUGAUCGUGCAGGUCCCAUUGCUCUGGCUCCUCAUCUUUGGGCUGGGCUGGGGCACGACGGGUGCCGCCGUGGCAUACAACGUGACCAGCUGGGGAAUCGCCGUAGCCCAAGUCGUUUAUGUGGUCCGCUGGUGCGACGAAGGCUGGACUGGGCUUUCGUGGGCCGCGUUCAGGGACAUGUGGAGCUUCGUCAGGCUCUCCAUCGCCUCUGCUGUCAUGCUCUGCCUCGAGGUUUGGUACUUUAUGAGCAUCAACGUUCUUACUGGCCAUCUCGACAACGCUGUCAUUGCCGUUGGUUCGCUUUCUAUAUGUAUGAAUAUCAAUGGCUGGGAAGCAAUGCUGUUCAUUGGUAUCAAUAUAGCUAUAAGUGUUCGUGUCUCUAAUGAGCUCGGAGCAGGACGGCCUAGAGCAGCGAAAUACGCGGUCUACAUCGUUGUCUUCCAGUCCUUCCUAAUCGGGUUGUUAUCCAUGGUAGUUGUGCUUAUAUCAAAGGACUACUUUGCCAUAAUUUUCACCAACAGCCAGGAGAUGCAAAGAGCUGUGUCUAAGCUAGCAUUCCUGCUAGGCAUCACCAUGGUUCUCAACAGUGUUCAGCCUGUCAUCUCAGGUGUGGCUAUUGGUGCUGGGUGGCAAGGUCUGGUGGCCUACAUCAACAUAUUCUGCUAUUAUGUAUUUGGGGUGCCUCUAGGGUUUCUGCUGGGUUACAAGCUUAACUUGGGUGUCACGGGGAUUUGGGGAGGAAUGAUAGCAGGGACGGCAUUGCAAACUCUAAUUCUCUUAUUCAUCCUAUACAGAACAAACUGGAACAAAGAGGUGGAGCAAACAACAGAGAGAAUGAAGAAGUGGGGUGGGCAGGAAACCCGCGGUGCUGAUCGUAUCACUGGAGCUGUGUGAAGAUGAUGAGUUCAGGGAAAAAGACACUGAAUGUGGAAUGAUGAACUAGAAAAGGACUGAUUCACUCCACUGCAGCAUGAAAGCCAGAGUUUGAUUUGUCAUCUAGAGUUUCCCUCCAUUUUUUUUUUCAGCUUGGAACUGUUACCUUCGAUGUUUAGAUGCAUAGGGGAACAGUCUAGUGAGUAGUCGCCAAUUGUUUGUUUUUGUGGAAGGAGUGAGCAGCGAACAGCUAGUCCUAGUCUCAACCACGUAUUUUUCAUCGAUAGGUGUAAUAAGCCCUGCCAAAUUGUAGACCACAGAUGUCAGGAUGGCCGAGUGGUCUAAGGCGCCAGACUCAAGUUCUGGUCUUCGAGAGAGGGCGUGGGUUCAAAUCCCACUUCUGACAAAAAAUUUAUUGUUUUUUUCAAACCCUUAUAUCACUUUAAUCGCAUCAGUCGCCUUUUAUAUUCUGUAGGCUUUGUUCAGGUCAACAUAUGUACUCUCUUACCAUGUACUGGGGUUGCUUUGAAGGUUUGCUAAGCUACACUUUUAAUUUGAGAAUCAUAGAGUCAUGAACUAGUGUCUUUUGAGAAGCAACAAAAUCAGUUCUUCA